AGUAGGCAGAGCUUUUUGGUCUGUUGAGCUUUUCGCAAGCUUGGUGAAACAACAAACUUCUGUCAAAUUGAUUUGCUAUCUCCGAUGGGCUGGUGGUUGUGAAAGUGAGGAGAGAACCCAGCCCUCCAUAUCGAAAGAAAGGAUGAAUCUGAAUCCCUCUGUGAACCCGCGGCCUUUUUCCGCGGCCCCGGUGACCAUUUCCGCACGGUCCCAGCCGUCCGCGAGAACUCCGGCCUCCGGUGCACGAGCGCAGCGGCCGCGCACCGCAACGAUGACCACAUCUUCUACCUCCGGGGGCCAGAAGUGGCCCCAGCGCCACAUGCACAACAGCGAGAUCGUCCACACCGCGACAGACCAGCCGCCAAGAACCGCGGUGUUCGCGCCGACUUACCACAAGAAGCGGCCCGUGACGGCCCCGUUGCGACCGAAGAUGGUGCAGAAGAAGGGAGCUGCUACCACGACCGGCGACGUAUCUAUGGAAGUCGACACUUUGCCCGUGGUCACCUCUCCCGGAGCGGCAGAACAGCAGGUCGAGAUCGGCAAAGGAGUCAGCACUUCCUCGAAAUCAACUUCUGGUGCUAUGAUCGGAGGCGGUAGCUCUGCUGUCCAGCACCGUCCCGGGACCCCACCGCUGACGCCGCCCGGUAUGGCGCCAUCGCCGACCUCCGAGCAGAACAAGCACGCCGACCUGUCCGGCAAGGGGGGUGUUGGGCACUACAAGUCGCGGACCAGCACAGGAAUGAUGAACAGUGGCCACCCAGCAGUUGUGGUCGAGGAACCGCACUUGCAGUCACGGGCCGCGCCCCCGCAUAGCAAGUACAACAAGGAGUUCAUGAAGGAGUACUACAAGGUAUAACAGUGCACAACUCCCCUCCCCCUCAUUUGUAUAGCAUGAACGGCAAUACAAGCAUCAGCAAGACUGCCGGUUUUGUAUAACAAAUUUGUACAAGAGGAUAAUGCUAUUUGGGCAGCCAGAACUUGCGAAGAGGCAAAGGGUGACUUGGGUAUUUUGCAUUACAAAUGAGGGGGAGGGGGAGUUGUGCACUGUUAUACAAGGACGACCCGAGAUUUGCCAACUUUGACGAGAACGCGAACAAGAACACGUACCACAACCCGUAUCCUGUGCUAAAGUAUCGUACUCGUAUUGCAAUCAUGCAUUACAAAUCUCUUCCUUAAGGUAAAUCCGCAUUACAAAUUUUCUUUCUCAUGCUGAGAAAAUUUGUAAUGCAUUUAUACGAGUAUGAAUACGAUACUUUUGCAGUUCAUAACCCGGUGACGACUACCAUGAUCGAUCUGCAGUUGAACAACCCGGAGGUGCGAACCCAGAUGGAAACCCCCCGGCCGGUGCACCGGCCCAACAUCACCUCCCUGCACCAAAUGUACAAUCUGGGCAAGGCGAGCUACGGGCCGCCGGUCCCGAUUUACGAGAACCAGUACCCGAAGCUGGAGGGGUACGACAACCUGGACGGCACCUUCCAGCCCCGGGAGCUGAUGCGCCCCAAAUCCGCCGGGAACCUCUUCAUGACCAAGUCCAAGGACGACAAAAAAUCGGUGUACCUGGACGAGUGGGGCACGAAUCCGGCGAACAAAAGGCGCGACGCGCGCGUGCCGGUGCUGCAGGAAGACCGGGCGGAGCUGAAUCGCGACUACGGCAGUGGCGGGUACGGAAUGGACACGACCGCAAAAAACGGGUUCCCAAUUAGUCGGCAACCGGUAAUAUAUAUGUUCUUUCUGUAUGGUUCAUCUUCAAAACAAAAAUUGGUUUCGUGUAGCCCUACAAUAUUGAUGAACUACGUUUGCAUUUCGUCCUCUUAAUAUCACCAAAAAUCCCAAUUACUCAGGUGGUCACGGAAUCUGCCCGCGGACGCACACGUUCCGCCGAUCCAGCGCUCUCUAGUUAUCGCCCACUCAGCUGAUGUGAUAAUGUAUGAUGUCCUGUGCAGUGACAAGGCAGAGACGGUUCGCUUGUGAGGCAGAAUCAUGCGCUUAGUGCUGUACUAGAAGCGGUCAGUACCGCGGUUGUGCACGUGGAAUUGCAUCGCCUCCAUGCAAUACGGUACAGUGAAACGCCGUAGGGCAAGAAAGUUGAUGUAUGUAUAAACAUUUACAGAGUUGAUGUCGCAUUCGAAUCACCCCGGCGUCAUGAUGGUCAUGAAAUGACGACGCCCGAGGCGAUUCGCAGUCCUGUAUACAGAUGAAAGCGAAUGCCUCCAAAAUAUGCAACCUUGUCGUGACUGUGUAAGUAAAUUCUCACAUCCUCUGAGCGUGGUAUACUUGUCGAUCCGUCGCGACUUACUCGGAGUACCCAGCGGAGCAGUCCCCGGAGCGUCCGCCCUACGCAGACUGGGAUGUGCGGCAGCUGUCGACCCUGAGCCCAAAGAAGCAAGAGAUCUACAAGGUACAUCAAUUAUACAACACUUAUUCGACACAACUCAUACUGUGCAAGCAUAGAAGUUAGAUAAGAUUCGAUUCGAAUAAAGCUUCUUUGUAGAGCAUGGAUGUGUGAUGUUUUGGUUUUGCAAACCAUCUUUCUGAUCAAAAGCAAUUUAUGUGAUCAACAAUCUAGUCACUGAAUCUAAAACUGUAUCAGGAAUAUUGGCGUCAGAAGGCCCGGAUCCCAACCACGAACAACUUUCCCUACCGGUACUGCCUCGGUUGGGACGCGGCGCGACCGCGGCGACCACCGAUGUUUGCCUACAACCCGAUCACGCACCAAACGGAUGUGUUUGUGACCGACCAGAAGUCCGGCUUAAUUACCAUGCAGAAAACCGACUUCCAGGGCCAGGAGUUGCCACCGAGCGUGGAGAGCGGACAAGGGUUCAACCGAAGAAAGGGGAUUGGCGAGUAUAUUACUGUUUGUGGAGGUUCUGCCACGACGUUUAUUGUGUCUUUCUUGAACUGCAGGUCGAGGCAAAAAUGUCGUUCUACCUUUAUUCAAACGAUGCAAAAUAAGACCAUUGUUUCGAAGAAGUCGCCAACAGGCAACAUGUGCAAUCGAGUUUCUACCGCGACGAGGAGUGACAUCAAGAUGUCGUCGCAACUGGUUGCAAGAGUUUGUGCACCGGCAUCAAAAUCAAAAAGGUAUUCCGACCUCACGCACAUAACGAAUCCGCGCUGGAACCGAGCGUACCAGAAGGAGAUCAACCAUAUGCCAGCGGACCAAGGUGGAAUUUCUCGAAUGUGGAACAGGUUUUUUUUGCAUGUAAUUGCGUCAGGACCUAAGAGUAAGAGAUACAACAAAUUUUUCUCUGUGUGAUCUGGGUCUUUGGCAACCAUGUUGCACACCAAACCUGCUCCAUUUUUGAGACAUUCCCACCUGAGCUUGCCAUAAAGCAAAACGAG